CCUUUAUUGCAUUUCAGUGCUCUUUUUGAGGGAAGUCUCACUUUAUCAAUUCUUACUUACACUUUACCUCUUCCUCUAAACCCAUUCUUUUUCUGUCUUCUUGCUGUUGAUUCCUCUCCCAUCCAUCCUUCUCUUUCAAACAGCCACCUCAGUGCAGUAUAGUGGGUACAAAUCUCUCUUCUGCUAUGUGGUGGUGGCUGCUGAGUGUACUGACCUGUGUGCUGCUGAUGGUGAUCAUCAUCUUCUUACUGACCACUCGGCAGCGUUACAAGGUUUUCAGCGAGAAGUGCCUGAGGCCACCAGGACCCUUGGUAAAUGACAACAAACUGAGGGACAACAGGCUGAAGAGAGGUUUUUCUGUGGAUCGUGUUCCCCCUGCUCUGGAUGCUGUGGUGAUUGGCAGUGGUAUGGGAGGUUUGACAGCAGCAGCACUUUUGUCUAAAGCUGGGAAGAGAGUUGUUGUUCUGGAGCAACAUGAUCAGGCUGGAGGCUGCACACACACCUUCCAGAAUAAGGGAUUUGAGUUUGACGUAGGUAUCCAUUACCUGGGUCAGCUUCAUGAAAACAGUCUGCUGAAGGUUGCUCUAGACCAGAUUACAGAGGGACAGCUGCAGUUCACUCGUCUGGAGCAGCACUUUGACACCCUGGUCCUGGGUCAGCCUGACCAGCGCAGGGAGUACCAUAUUCAUGCAGGGAAGACUGAGAUGGUAGCUAGCCUGAAAAGGCAGUUUCCAGGAGAGGAGGAAGCCAUUGAUGAAUUCAUGAGAUUGAUGAAGCUAGCGUCACGGCGGACACCACUUAUUGCCAUCUUGAAGAUCAUACCGCAUUGGCUAGUUAACUUCCUGGUUCAUACUGGCCUGUUAGAUCGCAUAUCUUCAGUGUUCUGCCUGGCAACAACCAACCAUUCAGAAAUAAUGUCCCGCCUCACACAGAACAAGGACCUGCAGGCACUGUCUGCCUACCUAUUCUAUGGUGUCCCUCCUAAGGAGUCCAGCUUUCUCAUCAACGCUCUCCUCCUCCACCACUACAAACGUGGUGCGUACUACCCACGGGGGGGUGCCAGUGAGUUUGCCUUUCACAUCAUUCCUGUCAUUCAGCAGGCAGGCGGCACUGUGCUCGUCAGAGCUCCUGUACAACGCAUCCUGCUCAACCAACAGGGGAAGGCCUAUGGUGUGACAGUGCGUAAAGGACAAGAAGAGAUUGAGGUUCAUGCACCUGUUGUUAUUUCCAAUGCUGGCAUCUUCAACACCUUCCAGAAGUUUCUGCCUCAGUACAUACAGGAAAAACCAGAGAUCCAGUCACUGUUGGGCAUGGUACGUCAUGGAAUGGGUUCUUUCCUGGUCUUUGUUGGUUUGGAUGGAACCAAAGAGGAGCUAGGCAUUGUUUCUACCAACUUCUGGAUGUAUAAAGACAAUGACUUGGACUCACUAAUGGAGCAAUACUCUUCCCUGAGCAGAGACCAGGUAUUAGGGAACAUCCCCAUGAUGUUCAUUACCUUCCCAUCCGCUAAAGAUCCCACAGCCAACAUCAGACACCCAGGUAAAUCCUGUAUGACAUUGCUAACCAUGGCUCGCUAUGAGUGGUUUGAGGAAUGGGAGGGGACAAAACUUGGCAAGCGGGGACAGGACUACCUGGGUCUGAAAAAUAGCAUGGCCCAAGAGUUGUUGGACUGGGCACUGACCAUAUUCCCACAAUUGCGAGACAAGGUUGUGAUGGUGGAUGCUGCCACCCCUCUAACAAAUGUCCACUAUUUGGGUGCACCAAGAGGUGAGAUGUAUGGUGCUGAGCACAACUUGGAGCGCUUCACCCCAGAAACAGUUGCUAAGACACGACCACAGACACCAAUCGAUGGACUUUAUCUUACAGGUCAGGAUGUAUUCUGUAAUGGCAUGGCUGGUGCUCUGCAUGGUGGAUUGCUCUGCGCCUCUUCUGUCCUUAAUCAGAUCCUCUACAUUGACCUUCUAGCCCUGAAGACCCACUUAAAACGCAAACAGAUCAAUCAUAAGCACACCUAGAUUGGCAUAUGACAAAUUACAUGUAAUGCAAACUGGUUUAAAUAAUAAUCUUUUAUGGUCAAAGUAGGCAGUCAUGAACACAUAAGUGAGGCUAAACUGAGUAUUGUAGUAUUGUAAUUGUAAUUGUAUUGUCAUUAGUUUGAUGGGUAAAGUUUGCUUGAAUGUAAACUCCACAGCUCAUAAUCUGUAUUACCAUUACUAUAAAUUAUUAAUUCACAAUUCCUGUGACACUAUUGACUCUAUGCAACUUAUAUUGUUGCUUCAUGCUUGUAAUAUUUCCAUAGGGUGGUGUAAGAGGUGAAGAGAGAGGAAACAGAAGCAUGAGAGAAACUCAUGAUGCAGGGUUGGAGGCAGUGACACAUAGAGACAGAAGAGAAAAUGCAAAUCAUUAAUGAUUCUAAAGAAAUCGAUGAAGAAGGAAAACAGAGAAACUGAUUCACUCAGGAGUCAGAUGAUAAAGAUGCACAACCUGAACAUAAAAACUCUGAGAGAGCAGAAAAACUGUUCAGAUUUAGCUUAUCAUUUAAUGUACAAAGUUUAACCCAACAAAAGAUCAGAAUCUGCUCUUUUAAUACAGUAUCAUAGCACCACAAAACAACACCAUAUUUGAAUCCACUGCAGCCCUGGUUGACAACUCCUCACUUGCUUUUGGGACAGGCCUUUUGUUGCUGAGCAGCAUGGAAACAAAGAAAGUUGUUUGGGUGUAUGCAAUGCUUUCCUUAAAAGUAGCAUGGUGUCAUGCAUGUUAUUGCAGAUUGUAAAACAAAGUUGUAUGCCUUCCCUUAUAAUUGUGUUUUUAUCCGCCCUCAGUCUAGUUAGCCAUAUUGACCUUUAAGUAUUUGGCUGUGUCACUAUUAACACAUUACAUAUUUAAAAGUGUAGUGUAGUGUAGCUAGCAUGCAGACAUCAAAAACAGAAACCAAACAUAGUCUGAUGAUGAAAGCAGUGCUGGGAGGGUUACUUUUAUAUAAUAAUAUCUUUGAAUAGUAUAUUUUCCAUUGUAUUACUUCCUCAUUGUCUUACAUUUUUAUUGCAUGUAACAAUGUGAGUGAAUGUGGUAUGCAUGCAAUACUGUUGCUACCUUAAGUAGAAUCAGGAGUCAGUCUGAUGAUGAUGAUCCAAGACCCAAUUGUUCCUUUACCUUUUAUCAUCUGCAGGAUUAUGUUAGAGUGAAAACCACAAAGCAAGAUAGAACUAAAACUAUGUGAGUUUACAGUUUCAUAGAACAUUUUUUCACUUUGUUGCCUUGCUAACUAAUCCUCUCAAAAUAAAAAUAGCACCAGUCUGUUUUCCCACGAAUGUAAAUCUGCAAUGCUGCACAGAGCAAGAGAGCUAGCUCUCUCUAUAUUACUGGAUAUGUAACAGUAUUUCGAUUUAAAUUAAAAAAAAUAAAAUUUUGGCCAUUUUCUUUGACAAUACAAUAGUGAAUAAAAUACUUAUAUUAGCUUCCAACCAUAGUAAUUUCUGACACAGAUAAAGGCACAGAUAAAAAACACUACAGACCUGAUUGCAAACUGUAUGCAGAAUAGCUGUCAAAUGCACCACUGCUGGCAGUUAUAUCUAAAUAAAAUCUAUUACCACUAAUCUAACGGGGCUCAACACCAUUGUCCAACUGUGGUCUGUUGGUUUGGCGACAAUGCUUCAGAUGUGAGUGCAAAGAUGAUCUGUUGCUCUGUUGCUGAUACUUUAUGCCCUGAGAAGCAUACAAGCACACUACUGCCAAAGAGACAAUGCUGUCAGGUUGGUCCAGCCAAAAUUAAGUUUAAAGUUGGAAAUCUCUGGUCAUAGAAACUGUUCUGUGUUCAGUGACCUUACAGGCUUCCUGCUUAAUCCUCAUCAUCAGCAUCAAGGAACAGUGAUGCCAUUUGUCUGCAGCUGACUCUGAGGCCCUGCUAUAGUGUAUUUCCCUAAAGCAUAAGGCUAAGACUUGAGUUCAGCUUGGUUGAAGCAAAGCAGUGCUGUUGUCACACUGUGUCUGAAGGGGUCUGCCAAGGGGUGGGAUAUACAAGGCAGGGAGCAAAGUUCUUGAAGUUGAUGCCUUGGUCAUGAGCGCCCAAGGCCCACUGAUGUGCAUGGGAGGCGAAGGUUUUCUCAUGUGGUCGUGUCCCAAAGAACAGCUACUGAAGUGCAAAUUGCUGAAAACCUUAAGAGUGGCUAUGAUAGAAAGAUGUCAGAAUACACAGUGCAUCACAGCUUGCUGCGUAUGGGGCUGCAUAGCCUCAGACUAGUCAGACAGAGUGUCUGCACUGACUCCUGUCCACUGCCCAAAACACCUACAAUGGGUGAGCAUCAGAACUGGAUCAUAGUGUGGAGCAACUGUACUGCUCACUUUUCUGCCUGACCUGUCUGAACCUGUGAUAUUUUCGUGUAUGCUUACACCAACCUAUCUGUUAUGGGUCAUUACUACUACCAUUAGUUAACAGUGACAACAACAGGGAGAAAGAAGUUUGACUAUGACAAAAAGUUAUUGUUUUUUGCUGAAUUAGAUUGACUGAAAGGUUCAAUAUAAUCUGAUGACCAAAACUAGACUUAAAAUAGCAAAAAUACAGUUUUCUUUUAAUAAGGCUACAAUAGCCAAACUUUUAGUCACAUAAAACCUGACUAAAAAAAUCAGGAUGAGGUUGACUAAAAAUGGUAAGAGCUAAAAAGGACAUCACCCAAAUGAUCAUGACCAAAUGAAGACAAGACUAAAUUUUAAAAAGUGGCAGAAAAAAUAAAAAUGAAUGCCAAGUCACAGUAGUGUCUUAAAAAGCAUCUCAUAUUGUGUAUCAUACUCAAAAAAAAUCACUUUGAAAACACAUCAGAUCUCAAUGGGGGGAAAAAAAACAUGCUGGUGAUGGGCACAGGGCCCAGUAGAGGACAUCUGGCCCUCAGGCUAACCUCAUGAAGUCUGUUUCUGAUUGUUUGGUCAGAGACAUUCACACCAAUGGCUUGCCAGUCCUGCUGAUGGGUUAAGGACCUUCUAUAGCCCUGUCUAGCUUUCCUAGAGUAACUGUCUGUCUCCUGGAAUCUCCUCCAUGCUCUUCAGACUGUGCUGGGAGACACAGCAAACCUUCUGGCAGUAGUACAUAUUGAUGUGCCAUCCUGGAGGAGUUGGACUACCUGUGCAACCUCUGUAGGGUCCAGGUAUCGCCUCAUGCUUCCAGUAGUGACACUGACCCUAGCCAAAUGCAAAACUAGUGAAAAACAGUCAGAAAAGAUGAGGAGGGAAAAAUGUCAGUGGCCUCUACCUGUAAAACCAUUCCUGUUUUGGGGGUCAUCUCAUUGUUGCCCCUCUAGUACACCUGUUGUUCACACACCCCCACCCCCACCCCCUAAGCCCCCGCUAGGCUGACCAGAUCAAUAUCUCAGAAGUUUAAUUGACUUGAUGCUAUACUCUGAUUAAAAGGUGUUCCUUUCAUUUUUUUUGAGCAGUGUAUUAAGACAAUAUACACCAGGAAACAAGCAUUACCAGAGCACAUGUGAAAUUCACUAUGUUUUUUUAUAUAUAUCAAAAGUUACAACACUGAAAUAUUUAGAACCAUUGUGAUCCUGUUUUUUUUCCCUUCUCCCUAUGGGCUUGUUACCUUCCCUCCACAGGCCUGACCUAAAUUACCCUCUUACAAAACAAUCGCUGGCCUUUUUCCUUUUCUUUAAGAAUACUGGUGGGUAGGCCUCAGAAAUGUUUACAACCUGUGGUGAGUAGGCCCUAGAAAGUCCUGAGGGAGGACUGGAAAACAGUAUGAGUGGAUGUUAGAUUUGCCACACAUAGAAAUCUAUGUAGCCAUGUUUUCUUUUUUUUUUUGGAAAGGAUGGGGGCUCUGUUUACUAUAAAACCAGGCUCUCAGGCGCUUUUCUUUAAUCUCUGUGGACUCACCCUGGGGGCUUGGUUUACAGAGUGUUACUAAGCGUGUGACAACUCAAUAAACUACUUUCCAUUCAA